AUGAUGGAGUCUGAUGAAGAUGAUAGAAGGGGCCGUGAGAAGUUUGUCCGAGAACGCGACCAUAAAAGAGAAGACGAUAGAUAUAACGGAGGACUCAAAAGAUCAGGAAGUCGUAGGGAAGAGUACAAUGGCUCGAAACGUGGCCGUCUAGAUUCGGAACAUGACCGUGACGAGGGGGUCCUGCUUUCUUUCAAGAAGUUUCUACUUACACAGGAAGACGAUAUCACCGAUGAACAAGCUGUUGCCAAGUACAACGAUUACAAGGUUGAGUUCAGUAGAAAGAUCUUGCAAAAGUUCUUCAACGCACACAAAGACGAGGAAUGGUUCCGGCAAAAGUACCAUCCGGACGAAGUAGCUAAGAUAUCCGCUAGCCACAUAGAGUCCGUAAAGAAGAGAUUAGACAUUUUCGAGGAUCUCAGAUCGAAAGGAGCAUUUGACAAUGUAACCUUAGAUCAAGAACAUACACAAGAUAUUAUCAAAAUUCUUGACUCAGUUGUUGUCCUGUUGGAGGGAGGAACGAAUGAUGAUUUAGAGGCUUUGAAAAAUGAAACACUUGAUGAUGAUGGUGUCUCUGAUACCGAAAAACAUACGAAAGAGGAAAAAACUGAGUCUUCUGAUGAGAAGCCAGCUGAUGGGACAGUAUCGGAGGCUGACGAGAAUGACAAGAAGAAGAGCUCAUGCCUUCAUAAAACAUCUUCGAUUUUCAUAAGAAACAUCCCUCCCAACGUAACCACAGAAGAACUUGAAGCUUUGUGUAAACGAAGUCCAGGCUUCCUAAGAUUAGCUUUGGGAGAUGCUGCUUCGGACAAAAAGUUCUCUAGAAGAGCUUGGGCUACUUAUAAGAGGGACGUUAACAUCAAGGAGAUUUGCUGGAACAUCAAUAACGUUCGGGUUAAAGACUCUGAUCUCAGUGCUAUCAUAAAUCGCGAUUUGACCAGAAGGUUGAGAACUACUAAUGGUAUUACUGCUCAUAAGCAAGUUGCUUUGAACGAUUUGAGAAUCGCUGCUAAGCUUGCUGCUAUAUACGAUAAACGCCUUGGACUUCACGGAGAUGAGGGUAUUCCAAUGGAAGAACGGUUGAAAGACAUCCGGAUGGGUGUUGAUUUGAUCGGUAACAGUAAGAACCCGCUUGUGAAACAGGCUAAGAUGGUUUUGAUGGACACCGAAGCAGAAGAAAUCAGUCCUGAAGAGGAAGAGCUGCUUCGUCGCUCCGGAGAUUCUAGUGGAGGAUCCGAAGAGAAGGGCGUCUUUACCAGAGAAGAAACAGUAUUGAAAGCUCUUGAUAAGCUAGUUUUCUACCUUAGAGUCGUACACUCCGUUGACUUUUACGGUCAUUUGGACUACCCCAACGAGGACAACAUGCCCAGCAGAUGUGGUAUAUUACACGUCCGUGGACAAGCACCUAAUGGUACACAAUGGGGAACCUCAGAUGAUGGCAAAGCUCUGGUGUCUAAUAAGUUUAUAACGGAUUUCAUAUCUGGCUUCAAUCAAAGAAUCGAAUUGCAUUUAGUUCAUACUGACUACAUAACUGACGAAGAGCUGGCUAAACUAGGCAAAAAGGAUGGAGAAAAAGAAGUUGAGCUCUUCAUUGAAGCCAAUACAGUUGAAUUGGCCAAGGACAAAUGGCUGUGUCCCUUAUCAGGAAAGAAAUUUAAGGGACCAGAGUUCAUCAGAAAACAUUUGUUGACCAAACAUGAAGAUAAACUGAAUGAAGUGAAACAAGAAGCCGAAUUCUUCAACAACUAUGUUGCUGACCCCAGAAGACCCUCAGAGCCUGAAUCCAAAGCUGCUGCAGCUACUGGAGGAAGAGAAGACGAUAGGAGAGAUGACCGUUAUCGUUCAACUGAACGUUCACGCGGUCCUGCCUCUCGAGGUUAUGGAGGUUAUGGCGGCGCUGGCCAGCCUCGAGAUUAUGGUCGCGGCGCUGGUGGAAGGUAUUUCGAGGACGCAGGUCGUCGUGAAUCCAGACCUCAAGUAUCUUAUAAAGACUUAGAUGCUCCAGAUGACAUUGUUUAG